AUGGCGAAGGUUGUGCAUUUGUCACAUUUUGAUUUAUUCGUUGAGGAGGUUUCUAAUGGUGGUGCUUCUAGCUCUUUAUCUGGUAUUUCCACGCAGUCGCUCAGUGACAAUGAAUUAUAUAGUGGGUUCACUGAGACUUUAAAGAUUAAAUACCUGACGGAAGGUCACGAGGAAUUAAAACCUCUUUUGUCUAACAGUUGGGAGGAUAUUUUUAAAGGUGUUGCUCAAGUUUUUCAUAGUGGUGUCGACAAAUAUUGCAGCCAGUCUGGUCAUAAAGUUGCAAAGGUUAAGAAUGAUAGACUUAGGUUCACAUGCAAGUGUGGUAGUAAGGCAAAUUGUCCUUGGUAUCUGCAUACUAUUCCAAUUGAUACCACUAAAAGUGUCUUUGAUAUCAAGGAAUGCAAUGGGAAUCAUAUAUGCGGUGGUGAUUAUAAGCUGAAGGACCCCAUUGUGAAGAAGAAAUUGAUUAAACAUCUAUUCAAGGAUAAAAUACAGUCAAAUCCGUCGAUAAAGCCUAAAGAUAUCGUUGUUCAGGUGAAGAGUUCUUACGGUAUUAACAUAAAAUACCAUCAUGCUUAUAAAGGGAAAGAAGUAUCUCAGUCAGAGAUAUAUGGUGAUGAUGUAAAAAGUUAUACAGAUCUUGUUUGGUAUGUUGAAGCAAUAAAGGCUAUCAAUCCUGGCAACUAUGUCAAGUUUGAAUUUAAUAAAGAGACUAAACGGUUUGAGAGGCUUUUCAUUUGUUUUGGUGCCUGUAUCGAAGGAUACAAGUUCAUUCGCCCUAUGCUUUAUUGUGAUGCAACAUUUCUAUCUGGGAGAUUCAAGGGAACGUUGAUGGCUGCCACUGGCGUGAAUGGUAACCAAGGUUUUUUUCCUUUCGCGUUCGCUUUAGUCACUUCAGAAGACAUUGAAGGUUGGGAGUGGUUCAUGGAAAACUUGAAGUAUUGUGUCGACUCUCGUCCUAUCACCUUCAUCACUGAUCGUCAUGAAGGGCUAAAGCAAUGCAUUCCUAAGUUUUUUCCUAACUCGUAUCAUAGUUACUGUUUUUAUCAUUUGAAGAAUAACCUCCCUAUUAAGAAAGGACAUGAGAAGUAUAAACAAGUACUGGGUUUGUUCCAUAAAGCUGCAUACUGUUACAGCGUUGCUAAAUAUGAGUCUGCUUUGAAUGAGAUAUGUAUUAUUGGAUGUGGUUGGGUUGCCAAGUACAUCAGAAAUAUCGAUCCGAAGUACUGGGCAACUGCUUUCUUCGUAGGAUGUAGGUAUGGGACACACUCAUCAAGUAUUGCAGAAUCUUUCAAUAAAUGGAUUCAUCGUGAAAGGAAUUUGCCUCCAGCUGCUCUUGAAUAUGUCGAUAUAGGUCGUCCAUGGAAUGUUACCGAGUCAGGUAACUAUAUCUAUGAGGUGCACUCUCCCGGAUCUCAUGUUGUUGAUCUUAUGCAGAUGACCUGUACUUGCCAGAGAUGGAAAAUGUUUGGGUUCCCUUGUGAUCAUGCCACUGCUGCUAUUACUUGCAAGGGUGCUGAGAUUUUGAUGCCUGAAGUGUAUGAACCUGAAGACAGAGUUCUUCCUGGUAUUCCAAGGCCAGCUCCAGGAAGACCACCAAAGAAGCGUAUUUGCAAUGUUUAUGAGAAGGAAAGGAGUCCAAUGAAGUGCUCUAAUUGCAAGAAGAUUGGGAAUCACAACAAAGCUACUUGUCAUGUAUUAAUGUUGCAGUAG